AUGGGCGCGGCGGGCGGCUAUGCUACUAUGUCCCAGAUCCACGCGCGUCAACCAGUCCCGCCCAGGCUCGCGAGGGAGACUAUGGAUACGUUCAAGACCACUGGCACAAUCUCCAAGGACGGCGUCCUGACUUUGAACGAUCUGCCCUUCGCGGAGGGGAUUGAGGUAGAGGUCACCGUCCAACGGCAACCCGACGGAUACGUUCGAAUGGAAGUGGACCCGAACGAUCUCAGCCGCCCGGCGUUGCACAAUCCAAACAAAGGCACUGUCAUCUGGUACCACGACCCAUUUGAACCGGCGAUCCCCGAGGAAGAAUGGGAAAUGCUCGCCGGUGGCAGCCCAUUGGAUCAGGCGAAUCCAGGGGUUCAGGACUGA